AUGCCCGACCGCAGCGGCCCUACCUCCCCUCGCAUCGCCAUCGAUGCCGGCCAGCCCCAGCCCAGGAGCAAUCUCACCUCCCCCAACAACCCCCUGACUCCCUCCAGGACAGCCCCUGCCGGCAGCAUCACCAUCCCGCACCGCAGCUCCAUGAGCGGAAGGUCCUACCGCCCCGACGAUCCGGACGCAAGGGAGAGGCAAACCCAGCAGGACAUUGAAUCGGCGUCUGCCAUGAGCAUGUCUCGCGCACGUUCUGGCUCUAUCAACCACCCUGACAGCAGCCCGCCCAUGGCCCGCCCUUCCCAAAUGCACUUUCCGUCCACUUCCCCUAUCCAUGAGGGACGUUUCCCCAUGCUGUCGGAAGCUGAAGAGGCUGAGAUGGACCGCGCCAGGCGGCUUCAUGGGGGACGCGAUAACGAGUCUGACGACGAGCAUGGCCAUGGCGGACACUAUCACCGUCACGUAGAAGAGCGGGCGGAGGAAGACCAUGGGAGAAGAGACAGCAUAGGCGAUGGCAGUGGGUACGACUCGCACAGCCGUCUUCUCAACCGCCGCGGGUCUGAUGGCGAUAUUCGCCACCUCGACCUGAGCCAGCUCGGCGGGCACGGCAUGCGCAACACAUUCGAUUUUGCGGCGAUGGAAGAGUUUGCAAACAAGGAAAAGGAAAACUCGUUUGCGGCUGAAGGAGCUUGGGGUGCUGGGAACGACGGGCCGAGGCGAAGAAGUGUGCCGCACACUGGUGCCGGGGCGAGUGAUGAGAACCUGACUCAGCCAGGGAGUUACGAGACGGCUCUAGAUCGGACCAACACGAUGUCUGCGUUCGGGGAUGAGCCAGACACUGCCUUUUCUCCCGAGCGAGGUCACCACGACACUCACGCCCCCACAUUCCAACGCAGGCGCCAGCGAAAACUUUCGCAAUCCAACCCGGUCUUGCGGCAGAAGAAGCUUGCUCUCUUCGAAGGGUUCGGGUCGAAUGGUGUCAACGAUGGCGAAUCGGCUCUUGAAGGUGCUUCAACUGCCUUCAAGGCCCCACGCCAAAAGACUGGUAGCUUUGCGCCAUACUCUGAUUCAGCGCCAGGCCACGACCGUCCAUACCGAUUCUCCUUCUACUCCAACGCCAUGCCCGUCACUAUCCACGCUCGCAGCCUCGCAGAGCUUCCCGCCGAGGGUCAAAGCUUUGAAGACCUCUUCAGAGGGCGCAAUCUCAGCGGACAGGCGACACCGGCUGCCAACCUCGACACUGGAACGCGCGCCGCCUUGUCUGAAACGCCCUCCAAGACUCCGGCGCCUCCGGUAGAGCCCAGCACGGCAGCAUCGGGCAAGACGCAGCCGAGUCUGUUGACAAAGGCUGUGGGAGCUGCUAUGGCGCAGCAGGGGACUGGUGGGCCGGGGCCGGGGAUGGAAGAUGAUGAUCCCGAGCAGUCGACUUGGUGGUUGGAUGUGCUGUCGCCUACGGAUGAGGAGAUGAGGCUCUUGUCAAAGGCAUUCGGUAUCCACCCCUUGACAACAGAAGAUAUCUUGCUCGAAGAGACGCGCGAAAAGAUUGAACUCUUCCGCAACUACUAUCUCGUCUGUUUCCGAUCUUUCGACCAAGACCCAUACUCGCAGACAUACCUCGAGCCGCUCAACAUGUACAUAAUCGUCUUCCGCGAAGGCACUCUCUCUUUCCACUUUAGGGGCACACCUCAUCCCCAAAACGUCCGCCGCCGAAUCAAGCACCUCAAAGACUACAUCUCUGUCACCUCUGACUGGAUCUCUUAUGCGCUUAUCGAUGAUAUCACCGAUGCGUUUGGGCCGUUGAUUCAGGGUAUCGAGUUUGAGGUCGAUAGUAUCGAUGAGCUGGUGUUGAUUCUCAAGGAGGCAGAACAGAGUGAUAUGUUGAGGAGGAUCGGAACUUGCCGAAAGAAGGUCAUGGGUCUGCUGAGAUUGAUGGGCAACAAGGCAGAUGUCGUCAAGGGUCUCGCCAAACGAUGUAAUGAGCAAUGGCUGGUGGCUCCCAAAUCCGACAUCGGUCUCUACUUGUCCGAUAUCCAAGACCAUUUGAUCACCAUGACGCAAAAUUUGAAUCACUAUGAAAAGAUUCUUUCGAGAUCACACUCGAAUUACCUUGCGCAGAUCUCUAUCGAGAUGACUGAUGCCAAUAACCAGAUUAACGAUGUUCUUUCCAAACUGACUGCUCUUGGUACGGUCUUGAUUCCGAUGAACUUGGUAACAGGUCUCUGGGGUAUGAACGUCCACGUUCCAGGACAAGAUAUCGAAACGGGAUAUUCUUGGUUUGGCGGUAUCCUGGGAUGUUUGUGCCUGUUUGCUAUCCUGGGUGCUUGGGCUACUUACAAGUGCUUUGUCGUUCGCUAG